AUGGAUGAAUCAUUUGAGGGGGAGUCUGCUGCUAAGGGGGUGCUUUGGUUCUCUAUGUUUACCCUCUCUGAUCUUGGUGUCAAGAAGAAGGUUACAGACGUAACGAAGCAGGAGAACGAAGGAUCUGCUGCUAAGACUCCAAAGACUUCCCGAAGUUCUCAAAUUCCAAAAUCUGAGAAGGAGACAAAGAAAUACAAGAAGUCAGAACCUUCUACUGGGAAGAAAAGAAGACAUGUGCUUGAUCCUGACUUAGAGGCAGAUGUCGAGCCAGAUGUCCCAGACAUCUCAACCACUGCCAGAAAACGUUUGAAAGGUAAGAAAGUUCCUCAAAAUGUGCUUGAUGCUCCUGUGGACAAUGUGUCCUUUCAUUUUCCAGACUCUGCUCAGAGAUGGAAAUAUGUGGUUCAAAGGAGGCUUGCUAUUGAAAGGGAACUUCAUGAAGAUGCCUUGGAACUCAAGGAUGUCAUGGAAGUUAUUUCUGCUGCUGGAUUAAUGAAGAUUCUCAAGGAUCUUGGCAGAUGUUUUGACAAGCUUGUUAGGGAGUUCAUUGUGAACAUCCCUGCUGAUUGUGAUGAUGCUUCCAGUACUGAGUACAGGAAAGUGGAGGAGCCUGAUUUGAAUAGGGUUGCUACAACCCUUACUAGGAAGUUGGUCAGGAAGUGGCCUAAGAAGGGAUUGCUUCCAUCUGGGAAACUUUCUACCAAAUAUGUUGUUCUCUACAAGAUUGGUACUGCCAAUUGGAUGGCCACCAAUCACUUGUCUGGUGUGACUCCACCUCUGGCCAGAAUGCUUUAUUUGGUUGGAACUGGGGGUGAGUUUGAUUUUGGAAAGCUGUCUCAAGGUAAGAAGCCUUUGCCUCUCAAGUUUGAUUACCGGUUAUUUGCUGGGACGCAUGUUCCAGACAUUGUGCUCUCUGCCGCAAAGGGAACUGUCAGUGCCAGUGGCACUAAGGUAGUUGGUUCUAGCAAGGAAGACAUCUUGGCUGAGUUGAAGGCUGUCUCCAAGUCUCUUGGUGACACCAUUCAAGCUUGCAAGGUCAGAAAAUUCAAUGUUGAUCAACUCAUCAAGGCUAUGUCAGAUGGUGCAACUAUUGCUGCUGAAGGAGAAAAUGUAUUUGAGCCCUGUGUGGCUAUGUGCUCUCUUUAUUUGCUCCUGGUCUGUAUAAUUCUUGAACACGGUGCUGAUGACUUCUGUGGAUAG